ACGCUAAAUCUCGCUUUGAACAGUUCGAUCGGUGGCAGUUCCGCUCAAGUGCGCGAUGUUUGCCAGUUUAAGACAUUUCACCAUUUCAAGUUGCGCCUCACCAAAUUAAUCACAAAAUACCCAUAUCUCAGUUUUUUUGUUUUUGCAUUUAGUUUGCGGGAACCGUGUGCUAAGUGGCCCAGAUAAUUGUGUCUCGAUCACUCUUGGAACUUAAGAAGUUAAACAGAAAGUCCAAAUUCAAAUCUAAUAAGAAGAGAAAAAGUGUCGUGCUCAAAUGGUGCUUUACAUGAGUUUCUUAGUUUGACUUUUUGGGCCAACAGAGUGAAAAGAAACACCAUUGUGGUUGAGGAAGAAAAAAAAAAGACCAAAACCUAUUGUACACUAUUGAGAGCUUAAGUUUGCUCCAUUCCUUCCUCUUGAACCACACUACCCGAAGAACGGACAGCAGGGUUGAGGAGGAAGAGGAUCACUAAAAACUCAUAUGUUUAUGAAGUCACUGACGACCACGGAGUCGUCAGAGAUUUUUGUGCAAAGAUCGCGGCGAGCGAAAAAGCCAUAAAUUCUGGAUUACAUUGCACUUACCCGAAGGACUAGGGGCAGAGAGACACAUUGGUACACGUCGACUAAUAGUUCCGUGAGUGAUCUUUUACGAGUUCCUUGGCCCAUACGCGUCUAAAGGGCUGUUUCUAUGCAAAUGUGCAAGAAAAUGAUCGAGUGUUAGUGAUUUCGCGACAAUAGUGAUGCAAACUGUAGCCCAUUUACCAAGGGGUUAGCAAAGUGUUGGGGUUGAAGAUACCCAGAUAUUAAAUAUGUUCGACGUGAGAUCAAUUGAGUUGGGCGAACAACAAGAUUCAACCAGUGAUAUGUCGAUGUCAUUCUGCAGGAAACGUUCAUUUCAGCGACAGGCGUGUCUGUUGAGUGUGAUGGCUGCAUUUUCGCUGGGACUGGCACUUGGUGCCUUUGUGCCAAUUAUCGGUCUCACGGGUGAUCGCGAAGUGAUCCGGCCGUCGGCUGAUCCAUCCACUGAUCACCACGUGGAACGGCUCGUGGUAAGAACGAGUCGAUCUGACGACGUCCAUCGGCGUCGCCUUCAGAAAUCAGUGCCAAACAUUUAUGUGCCAGUGUCCUUUGUCGACGACAAAGUGAUCACUCCUGUGGAGCGAUCACUGACUGAGAUCGAUGGGAAUAGUGUUGAGCCAGUUGAAGAAGAAGCUGUGGAUCAGACAUCUGUAGAAUUCGUUCAGGGAGAUCCAGAUCUAGAUCUCGAAGGGAUUGUGUCAGAUGGAAUCUAUUGGGGCCCAAGAAUUGAGGAUUACAUGCCUAAAGGCUUUGAUGGAGCCGACACAGCAGCAUGGCAAGACUAUGUGAAUGGGGGCUUUGUGGUAAGCCUAAAGCCAGGCUGUGGCCGAAUGCAGAACCGUAUGGUGAUAUUUAGUGACGGACGUAGAGCCUGUGCCCGAUACCGCCAGAAUACGGAUCAGAUUCAGGGUGAACUAUUUAGCUUUUACCUGGGCCAGUUGCUAAACAUGAGCAAUCUUGUGCCCAGCACGGCGUCUGUGAUUGAUGUGCAGUCACCACUCUGGGUGUCAGCGACGCAAGAUAUCGCGAGUGCCCAGUGGAAGGUGCAGAGACCGGUCGUGCUGACAAAAUGGGUGUCAGACCUGGAGCCGGCUGGCAUUCCGACGCCAUUCCAGCCGCUCGAAAAGCACAUGAACAAGUUCGAUGUCCGUAACAUCACGCUGGGCCUCGAGGACAUACGUGCCCAGCGGAGUCUUAUGGAUCUUUUAGGUGCCCCAAAGAGCACAGUAAAACCACCUCCAAUUCCACCUCCUGGCACCAGACUCGAUCCCGACAAAUUGGGACGCCUUGUGGAAUUGGCCCAGUGGUCGGACCUAAUAGUAUUUGACUAUUUGAUCGCAAAUUUAGAUCGUGUCGUCAAUAAUUUAUACAACUAUCAAUGGAAUGCAGAUAUAAUGGCAGCACCAGCACAUAAUCUUGCCAAGCAGAGUGAUUCACAACUCUUGGUCUUUCUCGAUAACGAAUCCGGUUUACUGCACGGAUAUCGUUUACUCAAAAAAUACGAGGCAUAUCAUGGAUUAUUGCUCGAUAAUUUAUGUAUAUUCAGGCGAACGACGAUACAGCAACUGCAACAGCUCAAAGACGAUGGUCCCGCCACGAGGCUCCAGCAGAUCUUUGAGCACUCAACAACGGACAAAGUCAGGGACAUCCUCCCUCCGUUGCCCGAGAAAUCCGCCAAAAUUCUCAUCGAUCGCAUCGAUCGUGUUCUAGGCCAAGUGCAAAAGUGUCAUGAAAUGUUCUCUGUGCAAAGUUGAUGACUUUUCGCGCAAAAGACUGGAGGAGAGUUAAAAAAAAAGAAGCACAGACACUGCGUGCAUUGUUGUUUGUUUUCUUGUUUAUUGUUGUUCAAAACUUGAGAGAAGAGAAAGAUGAUACGAAAAAACGCCCAGAGACAAGUUUAAUGUUGGUGGAGAGGAGCUAAAAGAACAAGGAAAGAAAAAAAAAGUGCGUCGAGAUGUGAAUGAAGAAUUUCCAGCACGGCAGGAGGAGGCAGAAAAGACAAUUACUCAAAAGCGUAAAACAUUUCCGAUGGUAUUUUCUCAAAUAGUUUCGACCCGACAUGGAGCAAAAACGCGCUAAUUAUCUAUGUAAAUAGUAGUUAAAAGUAAAAUGAAAAAGGAGAAAAAAAAACUCCAAGAAAUAUUGUAAAUGACUGUAAAUUGUGAUCGUCUUUUGUGUAAUUUAACGUUAAUAUCUUCGCUCUUUAAGCGAUAUUUUUCAAUAUUUGACUUCAUAGAAGGAUAGUUAUGUAUAGCAAUUGAAUUUCAACCAAAAAGACAAUGAUAAAAAUAUGAAUUUAUAUUUGAUCAUGUUGACAAGUCGUUGACAUAUCUGUCAUUUUUUUGACAGGAAACUAGAUCUUUUUUUUUUCAAAUUUAUAGGUAACGGAAUAUAUUUAGUUCCAAGUAUUUAUUCCGCUAUGAUCAAAUAUUGCUUUCUGUGUGAAAUUCCAAGAGACACCAUUAUAAUUAUAGGAUUUAGUUAUUUAAUACACUAAAAGAAAGAGUUUGCAUAUUUGCUGGGAAGGAGUUUUCGAGCCAGAGACAGAGACAGUAAGAGAGACGAAAAAAGACAUCUUGAUGUGUUAUUAUUGUAUUUUGUGCUUUUGAAGAAACAUGGUAUAGGAUAAAAGAAGGUAUACGAAGAGAAUAUAAUAUUCGAAAUCGUAAAAUUCUUCUCUUCCUCGUGCCUUAGAACUUUACGGUCUGUUUUCAUCUAAUACAUUUUAAAGAGACACUAGAGAUGGAAGGGGGACGCAAGAGAAACGACCGUUUUUAUGACAUGAAUGUUAAAAAUUAUCUGCCUUUUUAUGGAAAGUAGAUUUAUUAUUGUAGGAUAUUUAUGAUACACCAGUCAGUCAGUCAAAGAGUUGAUAGUUUAGCUAGCAGCAUCUUUUGUGCACACAAACACAUCAUAAGACAAGUCAAACCUUAUUGAUUCGGGACGACAAACACAAUGAACAUCAUUUGAUGUUCUCAAACAGCACGCUAAGCUAAGGCAAUGCAUAUGGACAUAAUGCAAAACACACGCCACUUAAAAUGGACACAAAAAUUUCUCAAGUAUCGGUGAGAUGAUGAAGAAUCCUCUAUAUCUCCGAGGUGUCUCUCAAAUAUCCAACAGUGCAGAACAGGGAUGUAUAUCUACAAGAUUUCUUCGGCUUUUUCACGGUCAUCAUGCAGAGAGUGUGUAAACAAUGCCUCAAUUGAAUAUUUAGCACUAGUUCUUAAAACACACAGUUCACAGUGAAUUUCUUGUUAAUAAGAAUAACAACUAUACUCAUUUGAUUGAGAUUCUGAGAGGGGGAAAAUAAUAUAACAUGAUAUUGGGUUAAAUCAACCCAUUCGUAUACAAUUUCAUAUAUAUAAAGUCUUGUGAAAUUCACGUAAUAGGAUGAAAGGAACACCUAUUGGCAGUCUAAGAACUCGUCUCAGGACCUAUUGACACCCUACUCUAUACCAUUUGGAAUACGAAAUUUGAUCACUGAUCCUCAUCGAAAAA